AUGGAUUUAGACGUUCACAUAAGUGUGACUAAUGACAACGUAAUAUUUAUUACUCUCUCUCUCUCUCUCUCUCUCUCUCUCUCUCUCUCUCUCUCUAACAAAAAAAGAAGAAAAGAAAAAAGCAAAAGAAUUAGAAGUUUAUUCCAUCCUUCAACGUGUCUACAACUUUCUAUCCUCUUUUUCUUUUUUUUUACCUUUUCUUUCUCUCUUUCAUUUCUUUCUUUUUUUUUAUAUAUAUCCUUUCGUUUUACUCCAUCUUUUUGUUUUCUUUUCGGUUUAACUCUCUCUUCAUUUCUCCUCUACAUUCUUCCUUUUUUUUUCUUCCCUUUCAUUUCUCUUUCCUUUACUUUCUCUCUAUCUUGCUUUCUUCUUUUUUCUUUUUUUAUUUUCUUUUUAUUUCUUUUUCUUUCUUUGUUUAAACAUUUAAUAUUACAUCUAUUUCUUUUUUCGUUUUUAUUUCCGAUUUUAUUUACUUCUAUAUCUUCUUUCUUUUAUUUUUCUCCUUUUGUCUUUUUCCCUAUGAUGAUUAAAUGA